AUGGACGACAGUAUGCCAACAUCUAUUGUCGUUUUUCCGCAUUUCCUGCUCGCAGAUUUGACGGAGAAAGCUGUGUGUGAGGGAUGUCACCGUCUCAUUCGUGAUAAGUACCUGCUCCGCGUCAAUGACGGCUUCUGGCACGAGCGAUGCGUUCAUUGUGCGGCUUGCAGAGAACCACUCCAAAACACUUGCUUCCUGAAAGAGAAGAAACUUUACUGCAAACGCGACUAUGCGAACUUGAUCGCGGUGCGGUGUCACGGGUGUGCGGAGGUCAUUGCGCCGGCGGAGCUGGUGAUGCGUGCUCGCGAGGCGGUGUACCACCUGCGCUGCUUUCGCUGCUGCGUGUGCGCAUGCCAGCUGCAGAAGGGAGACCACUGCGUGCUGAGAGAGGGGCAGCUGCUCUGCGCCAGGGACUACGAGGGACUGGCCAGCCCCACCAGCUCCGACUCAGGUAAAAGUGAUGAAGAAGAGGAUGAGCCAGAGAAGACAGCCAGCGGGGGUAACGGGGUGGAAGACGCAGACCAUAAGCGCCCCAAACGUCCCCGCACUAUCCUGACCACCCAGCAGAGACGUGCCUUCAAAGCCUCUUUUGAGGUCUCCUCCAAGCCCUGUCGAAAGGUAAGGGAGACUUUGGCAGCAGAGACUGGCCUAAGUGUACGAGUGGUGCAGGUUUGGUUCCAGAAUCAAAGAGCUAAGAUGAAGAAACUGGCCAGGCGACAGCAGCAGCAGCAGCAACAGCAGCAACAACCACAGGAUCCACACAAUCCCCAAAAUCUGCAUGCAGUGUCCUCGUGUGGCAGUCUAAACCCUGAGAUGGAUGGUCUGAGCUCGUACCCAGGGCUGCAGCCACAGCAGCAGAUCAUCACCCUGGAACAGCAAGUUUAUAAGAUGGACCCCUUUCGACAGGGCCUCACCCCACCUCAGAUGCCAGGGGACCACAUGCAUCCAUACGGCAGUGAAGGCCUUUACGGCGAGAUGGAUGGGAACUCGAUCUGCCAUCUUGGAGAUUGCUUGUCAUCCACAGAUGCCUCUCGUCUCAACCCCAUUGACCGUCUCUACUCAAUGCAAGACUCUUACUUUACCUCCUGA